AUGAAUAAUUUUGCGGGUUCGAUUGCUUCUUCUUCAUCCGAUGAUGAUAGCUCGGAUGAAGAUGACUUGAUGUUGCACACGUUGUCGUCUGCGGCACGCAAUAGAGUGCAGCAAAGAGGUGAAAGUUCAAAUACCGAGAAGAGGCAUAGAAUUUCGAUAGUUCGGGAUCGUAUGACGACACACGAGUUUUUGGUACAUGAUUACUUUGCCCCUGAUAGUUUGUAUGACCUAUCAAAAUUUAAAGACCGAUUUUGUAUUAGUAGAAAAUUAUUUUUACGUAUUGCUAAAGAUUUGGAAAACAAUUAUGCGUUUUUCCAAUUGCGAUGGGAUGCAAGAGGUAAACGUGGUUUUAGUACCCUACAAAAAUGCGCAGCAGCCCUUAGACAAUUGGCAUACGGCAUAGCAGCAGAUGCUUCAGAUGAGUAUCUGAAAAUGUCUGAGAGGACUGGGCUAGAAUGUGCUUAUCUUUUUUGUGAGUAUGUCAUAGAGUUUUAUGGUAACAUAUAUUUGCGACAUCCAACUAGAAAUGAUAUCGAACAAUUGUAUGUCGCCCAUGAAGCUAAACACGACUUACCAGGAAUGCUUGGUAGCAUUGAUUGUACAUAUUGGGAGUGGGCAAAUUGUCUCAAUACAUGGCGAGGUCAAUUCACUCGAGGGUCAAACAACGACCUGAAUGUGCUUGGAGCCUCUCCGAUAUUUAAUGAUAUUUUGCAGGGUAAAGCACCAAAUAUGACGUUUGUUGUUAAUAAGCAUCAAUAUAAUUGCGGGUAUUACCUUGGUGAUGAGAUAUAUCCAAAGUACGCUACGUUUGUUAAGUCGUUUUCAUUUCCGGCCGAUGAAAAACGAAAAUUAUUCAAAUUAGCACAAGAAUCGGCAAUGAAAGAUGUGGAACGGACGUUUGGGGUCCUCAAACAAAAGUGGCACAUUAUCAAACAUCCGACACGGUCAUGGGAUAGGUCGAAAUUGACGAAGGUUUUGACUGUUUGUGUUAUUUUACAUAACAUGAUAAUUGAAGAAAAUGGUAUAGCUAUUUGUAUAUAUAAUCCGGUAGAUAUUCUUAACCUACCUGCAGUAAUACAAGUCGGCAGCCCUGCAUACUUCACACGAUUUUUCACACGAUUUUUGGAAAUACAAAAUAGUGAAACACGUCACAAUUUACGUUAUGAUUUGACUGAGCAUGUAUGGCAAAGGCAAUUCCAGCAACACGGUGGCUAUGACAACGACGGGGAUGACGGCGAGUAA